GGCCCUCCACCCUCCAGCCUCGGACGCGGCACGACUUGACGCGCACCGUCCACACCGUCACCGUCACGCUCACUGUCGCCAUCACCACCGCCGUUAGUCUCACACAACACUGCGUUCCAAUCCCUACAGCUCUAUCUUUGGGCCCGAACAUGUGAUCCGCCCAUUUGGCCGCGAAAAAAUUCGAUUGAGUGGAUUGUCCGCAUUGCUGGCCCGCCCCACGUGCAAGCAGCUCAUCCAUAGCAACAACAUCUGCAGCAGCAGCGUAUUUAAGACCCGUUCGAGCCCGCCGCCCAUGAAGCGCUUCUUCUGUUUCUGGCCCUUCACAGAUGGCAACCCAUCAACGGGGGCUCCCGCAGGCGAUGACAAUGAACACAGGCACUACCAUCAUGUGUCUGCGUUAAGGAAUUUUGCCAGCACCAGGUCGGCAGCCCUCAAAAAAUUGGAGCAAGCACCGAAACAGCCUAAAGAUUUCGUCAAGAUUAUGGACGAAAUAUAUAACCUUAAGAACUUAAUUCAUGCCGAGUAUGACACGUAUGACAAGGCUGAUAGGGGUGCAAAGGAUGAAGAAGUCGUCAAGAAGGAACUAGAGGCGGCAAUAGCCCCGCAUGAAGCUAAUAUCAAGAUCCUCAUGGAUGAUUACAAUCGUCAUCGCGAUACCGAGAUCCUCCGCGAACAAGCUCUAGGUAGCGAGCAGACCAGUAAGGAAGAGUACCUCGAUGAUACCAUCCCUGCGAAUAAAUCUGCGAAUAAAUCUGCGAGGCAAGCAGACGAAAUCUUGACGAAAGCAAGGGAUAAGGAUCUUCAAAUUUUCGCAAAUGAAAGGAAAUAUGUUGACGACAAUACUGGCAUGGAGUACCCUCACUACAACGGAGACCACUUCGUUUCAAAUCGCAAAACGAUCGAGAAAACCCGGCUCUUUGCCAUGGCCGAGAUGUUCCCCAAAGGAUCACAUCUUCACAUCCAUUUCAACUCCAAUCUAAGCCCCGACUUCUUGCUUAGCCGUGCUACACAACAGACGCAGAUGUACAUUGGCAGCAACAAACCAUUAGGCAAAAACCACAGUGGUUAUAAGGCCCACAACUGGAAGCAGUGCGCCAUUUAUUUCCACAUCCGAGAUGAGGAUACCAACGACUGUCAAACCGACAUUUUUUCGGACCACUAUGCACCUGGCCCAACGCUUUUCCCCAAGCCCUUUGCUCCCGAAAGCAAGUAUUGGAUGCCCUUAUGGAAAUUCCGUCACCAUUUCAAGGCAAAGUACAGCGAAGCUCAUCCAAAAUUGGCCGCCGAACUCGAAAAGCGUGCCGAUGCGGCCUACAGAGAGAAACGUAACGAAUACAAUAAGAAUUACGACAUCAUGCCCCCGCAACCGAGCUCUUCUGAUUUAGCUGGCUUAUUUGCCGACCAAUGGCUUCAGGAGAAGUUGGCUGUUCAAGAAUAUGACGCAAAUCACCCUCAUCAGAAUCCCAAAAGCGCCUGGGAAGAUUUCAACAUACGCACUGGCUUCAUGAAAGGGCUCACCAAUUACGAGAGUGGCUACAAAGAAUAUUGUGAGGCAUUCAUGUGGCAGUGUGUACGAGAUUGUAUCCAAUACGUCGAGAUUCGUCCAAACUUCAUGACGACCAACCAAAUCCAGAAAGACGACGCCUCCGAGACGCUCAGUAACUUGAGGACUGUCGAGCUCAUCAUUGAAGCCUACAACAAGCUCCAGGUAGCUCACAAAUACGAUGUCGUCCAGGGACUUAGGAUUAUCUACUGCACCCCGCGCGUGAUGGACGCGGUCAAGAUUGAAGAGUUGAUGGAUGAGUGUAUUCUAUGGCUACAGAAUCCAUUUAUUAGUCAGUUCAUCGCUGGAUUCGAUCUCAUCGGCGAGGAAGGGAACGACAAGCCGCACCCCUUGGUACACCACGUCGCAACAUUGUACUGGUUCAAGAAGAAAUGUGCAGAGAAGGGCGUCAGAUGCCCCUUACUACUUCACUGCGGCGAGACAAUAACCAUUGGCGAGCCUUCUGAUCUGAAUCUAUUCGACGCUCUUAUAUUGGGCGCGAAGCGUAUUGGACAUGGCUUCGCGUUGGCUUAUCACCCUUGGGUUAUGAAUAGGAUGCAGCAGGACAGAGUCGGCAUUGAGCUAUGCCCCAUCUCAAACGAGCUGCUUGGCCUGACGCCAACCAUUAUGGGUCACGCCGGCUAUGUUUUGAUGGCAAACGGUCUUGAUUGCUCGGUUAGCACAGACAACGGCACGCUUUUCAGAUCAAGGCUUGUGCAUGAUUUCUACCAAUCUAUGGCAGGAAAGCGAGACAUGACCUUAUUUGGCUGGGUGCAGCUGGCCAGUGAUAGUAUGGCCCAUUCUAUUUUGUGGGGCAUAAAACAUUAUGACAGUCAACACGAAAAAAAACAAGGCGAAGCACACUCCGCAGAGCAUGACGAGGAAUUCAAGAGGCUCAAUGCUGGGUGGAAAAGGUUGUUCAAAGAGUACUGUGAUUGGGUUCAUAUAUAUCAGUAUUCAUUCCAACAACAAACACCUCGACUACCACUCCCACCUACACAUCCAGGACCGCAAACACACACACCGCCACAACCACAUAUGGAACCUGCCAAAGUGGAAAGGUCACCCAAUGACUUUCACGAUCUCCUGCCCGAGCGGGAUGCGAAUGGCUCUAUAAUCUACCAGCUUGUCGAGCUAGAUGAGCAUGGAAUGCCGACUAUAAACAAUGGAACCGAUCUCGAUCCCACAGUGCACGAGGUCAAGGGGCCUGUGAUAAAGCUCUGGAAAGGGGUGGUGCCUACUGACAAAGCCCCGGGGCCCAGGCCAGACGAACCAGGAAAUAAAUCAGUGACUUACCGUUUUAAAAACGAGGGCGGCCACGUGAAAUUCUUUGCGUUGGCGAUUGGGAUACACAACAUGGUCGAAAAAAAGAACGAGUUCGACAAGACUCACCCAGCUCUGGCAAAGAAAAAUCUGCACUGGCGAUGGUUUGUUAAGAGGAGGCCAAUGACAAAGAAAGAGCUAGAGGAUGACGAUGCCACUAUCCAGAAGGCUGUUAAAGAUGCUGCUGAUGCUAAGGAGAAGGAGGCUAAGGAGGCUGCUGAGGCUGCCAAGGAUUCUCCCAAGGCUGCUAAGGCUGCUAAGGCUGCUAAAGAUGCUAUUAUUAAAGCGGCUUUUGAUAAGGUGGAGAGGGCGAAGAAAUUGAACGCGGAAUUAGCGAAUAUCGACACAAAUUGGAAGAAAAAGGCCCACGAUGGGAAGGUGGCGGAUAACAUUUGGAAAUGGGGUAUCGUACCUUCAGCACCUCCGGUGUAAUAGGGUGGGUUUCGAUACGCGAGCUACUGAAGCUGGUGCGGGUCCCAUGAGAGG